UGCUUGUUAGUAAUAAGAAACUUACCGCAAGAUGAAACCUUGAUAUACAGAACAGUCAGAUGUCAGGAGUUGAAGAAGUUGAUCGAAUGAAGACUAAAGAAAGAAACAUAGGAGUGAAGUGAAUAUCGUCAUGUCCAGCAGAGUUGGCAGAGUGGCUGUUGCUCAAAAACUUGCUCUCAGGAGAAAAUGGAGUCACAAUGCACCUCCUACACUGAGUGAUCUAAGGAUUGUUCUGCUGGGGAAGAACGUGUCAGAAAACAGUCGAGUGGGAAACUUCAUAUUAGGACGAGCAGCGUUUUACAGUGAAGCUUCUCCAGGUGUUGUAGAGAGAGUCGGAGGAAGACUGAAGGACAGACAUGUGACCAUCAUCAACAGUCCUCAGCUGCUCCAGACAAACAUCUCAGAUCAUCAGAUCACACACACAGUGAGAGAGUGUGUGUAUCUGUCUGAUCCAGGACCUCAUGUGAUCGUGCUGCUCCUCAAACAUGAUCAGUGUUCAACAGAAGAUCAAGAGUGUGUGGAGAAGGUGCUGCACUCUUUCUCUGAGCAGGUUUUUCAACACACCAUGGUGAUCACCACACAAGAGCCCACAGAAACAAAUGAAAUCCUUCAGAAAAUCCUUCAGAAAUGCUUCAACAGACUCUUCAGUCUUCAGAGAAGCAGCUCUCUAGAUGAUCUUCUGCAGACGUUUGAGGACAUUGUACGAAUGAAUGAAGGCCAUCACCUGGCUUGUGCCGAAUAUGAAACUUCACAGUAUUUGACAAUGAAGCAACAGGCCAUAGAAAGACAGGGUGUGAAGCUGAAUCUGGUUGUGUGUGGAAGUGACGGGACAUUAAAAUCCUCCAUAUCAGAGCGGAUCCUGCAACAGACAGACAGAAGAUCAGAUGUGGAGCUUCAUGGACGUAGGUGGAGGGUCAUUGGGGUUUCAGAUCUGUUUAAUAUUCGUCUCUCAGAGGAGGAAGUGAUGCGUCAGACUCUUCACUGUGUGUCUCUAUGUGAACCUGGAGUUCAUGUUUUCCUCCUCAUUAUUCCUGAUGCUCCACUGACUGAUGAAGACAAAGCAGAAAUGGAGGAGAUCCAGAGGAUUUUCAGCUCAAGAAUCAACAAACACAUCAUAAUCCUCAUAAUGCAGGAUUCAGAGCAUCAGACAGCAGAACUCAAUGAAGAAACAAAGUCUGUCAUUGAGAAUGUUGGAAGAAAACAGAGGACAGUUUUUCUCUAG